CCACGUGACCAGCAAUGCGGAAGUGCGUCGUCACACGAAGAGAAGCGUCGACUUGUUGGUUUUGAUGUUUUGAGCUCCGAACAUGAUCUGCACGGAGAUUUGUCUCUGCUCCUUCAUCUCCUUGCUCGCGUUUCUUCACGUCGUCACCGCAGUCAAGAAGCAAACAUGGCCGGUGCCUUACAGACGCUACGACCGACGUCCUGACGCGGACGCUUACUGCCAGGCUCUCUACCCGUUCUGUCCCACGGGCGACCGCGACGGCCGCAUUCCCUUCAUGAGGGACAGCGACGUCAUUUCGGUGUAUCGCCUGCAGACUCCAGUGUGGGAGUUCAAAUAUGGAGACCUGCUGGGGAAUCUGCACAUCAUGCACGACGCCGUGGGCUUCAGCAGCGCCCAGACCAGUGCCAACUACACCAUGGAGUGGUACGAACUCUUCCAGCUGGGCAACUGCACCUUCCCCCACCUCAGACCCGACAUGUACGCCCCCUUCUGGUGCAACCAGGGAGCCGCCUGCUUCUUCCAUGGCAUCGACGACGCCCAUUGGUCCAAGAACGGAACCCUGGAGAAAGUCGCCGAAAUCAGCGGUCAUCAGUUUAACGAGAUGGCCAGGUGGGUCCAGGACGACAACGCCACGGGGAUCUACUACGAGACGUGGACGGUGCUCUCCGACCCGAGCCCCGACGCCAGCGUGUGGUUCGAGUCCUACGACUGCUCGCAGUUUGUGCAGCGCACGUAUCGCACGCUGGCCCGCCUGGGCGCCAAACUGAGCAGCCGCACGCAGACCAACUACACCAAGGUCUACCUGUACAGCGGAGAGCCCGCCUACCUGGGCAACGACAGCGCCAUAUUCGGCCAGCCGGCGCUCAAGAACCUGGCGGCGGACAUUCGGGAUUUUUACCGGCCGUUCCGAGCGCACCAGUCCAUGGCGGAGUUGGCGCUCAGCGUGAUGGAGGCUUUCAAGAAGGUGGUGUUGGACAACAACUUUUACUUCUACUACAACUUUGAGUACUGGCGGCUGCCCAUGAAGUCUCCUUACGUACGCAUCACUUACCAGGAGGUGCCUUUGCCUUAACGCACUACCAAAUACUCACAUUACCAGAACGCAGUACUAAAUACUCACAUUUACCACAACACAGUACCAAAAACUCACAUUUACCAUAACACAGUACCAAAUACUCAAAUUACCAUAACACAGUACAAAUACUCAAAUUUACCUUAACGCAGUACUAAAUACUCACAUUUACUUUAACGCAGUACUAAAUACUCAAAUUUACCUUAACGCAGUACUAAAUACUCAAAUUUACCUUAACGCAGUACUAAAUACUCAAAUUUACCUUAACGCAGUACUAAAUACUCAAAUGACCAUAACACAGUACUAAAUACUCAAAUGACCAUAACACAGUACUAAAUACUCAAAUUACCAUAACACAGUACAAAUACUCAAAUUUACCUUAACGCAGUAAUAAAUACUCAAAUUUACCUUAACGCAGUACUAAAUACUCAAAUGUACCUUAACACAGUACUAAAUACUCAAAUUUACCUUCACGCAGUACUAAAUAGUCAAAUUUACCUUAACGCAGUACUAAAUACUCAAAUUACCAUAACACAGUACAAAUACUCAAAUUUACCUUAACGCAGUACUAAAUACUCACAUUUACCUUAACGCAGUACUAAAUACUGAAAUUUACCUUAAUGCAGUACUAAAUACUCAAAUGUACCUUAAAGCAGUACUAAAUACUCAAAUUUACCUUAACGCAGUACUUAAUACUCAAAUUUACCUUAACGCAGUACUAAAUACUCAAAUUUACCUUAACGCAGUACUAAAUACUCAAAUUGACCUUAACGCAGUACUAAAUACUCAAAUUGACCUUAACGCAGUACUAAAUACUCAAAUUGACCAUAAUGCAGUACUAAAUACUCAAAUUGACCAUAAUGCAGUACUAAAUACUCAAAUUGACCAUAACGCAGUACACUUGGGAGUAGCGCUUCAGUUGCCAGCUAGCGAUUAGUGGACUAGUCACAAUCUAGCGAUUAGUGGACUAGUCACAAUCUAGCGAUUAGUGGACUAGUCACAAUCUAGCAUUUAAGGCUGUAGUUGCCAGCUAGCAAUUAACGCGCCGUUUGUCAGCGAGCGAUUAGCACUGUAGUUGCCAGCUAACAAUUAGCACUCAAGUUGCCAAUAUAAUUCAUUGCGAUAUCAUUGUUAUACUAUACUGAUAUACUAGUGUCAAAAUUUAAUGAUAUCCUAAUAUUGUACAAAAUGUAUAAUUGGUUAAUUGCGAUAUCAAUAUUUUAAACUGGCUUAUAUACUAUUAAAAAUACUGAUAUCCAUUGCAAUAUCAAUACUUUAUACUGGUAUAUCAAUACUGUAACAAAAAAAGAUGAUAUAAUAGUUUCAAAAUUUGAUGAUAUCCUAAUAUUAUACAAAAUGUGUGAUUAGGUAAAUUGCGAUAUCAAUAUUUUAAACUGGCUCAUCAAUAUUAUCCUAUUAAAAAUACCAGUAUCAUCCAUUGUGAUAUCAGUAUUUUAUACUGGCAUAUCAACACUGUAACAAUACAUACACUAAUAGUGUCGAAAUUUGACGAUAUCCUGAUAUUACAUCAAAUGUAUGAUUAGGUUGAUUGCGAUAGCAAUAUUUAAAAUUGGCUUAUCAACACUAUCCUAUUAAAAAUAUCGAUAUCAUCCAUUGCAAUAUCAGUAUUUUAUUCUGGCAUAUCAAUACCGUAACAAAAAAGAUACAACAGUGUCAAAAUUUGAUGAUAUCCUAAUAUGAUACAAAAUGUAUAAUUGGUUAAUUGCGAUACUAGUAUUUUAAAUAUUAUAAAUAUUAUCCAAUUAAAAAUACUGAUAUCCAUUGCGAUAUCAAUAUUUGAUACUGGUACAUAAAUUCUGUAACAAAAAAGAAAAAAUAAUAGUGUCAAAAUUUGAUGAUAUCCUAAUAUUAUACAAAAUGUGUGAUUAGGUUAAUUGCGAUAAAUAUUUGAAACUGGCUCAUCAAUAUUAUCCUAUUAAAAAUACCAAUAUCAUCCAUUGUGAUAUCAGUAUUUUAUACUGGCAUAUCAAUACUCUAACAAAAAAGAUAAUGAUAUAUAUACAGUAAUAGUGUCGAAAUUUGAUGAUAUGAUAUUGCAUAGAAUGUAUGAUUGGGUUGAUUGCGAUAUCAAUAUUUUAAAUCGGCUUAACAUUAUCCUGUAAAAAAUACUGAUAUCAUCCAUUGCAGUAAAUGACAGUACUGCGAGCUGGCGGCAUCUCCUACCCACGUUAAAAGCUAUAUCCUGAAGGCCAGCACAACACUUUUGAAUAUUCAAGUAGUUUUUAGUUAAAUUAUGCCACAUUAAAAUUAUUUUUUAAUAAUUGAUACAUUUGCUAACACGAGAGUGUAGGAACUGGAUCACUUUUCAUCUGGUUCUUGGGUAUGAAAGUGCUUCCCCUUUGGAAUUGAUCACGAGUCGUAAGGGGAAGGAUAAUAAAAGUACAUUUUUACA